GUGGAUGAAACAAAAUCUAUGGACUCCAUUCCAUCCUGGUUUCCUGCAACCACUCUCAAUUGGGCUGAGAAUAUGCUCAGGAACAGAUCGCCUACCAAAGCAGCAUUGAUCCAAGUAACCGAGCCUACUCCUCAGAACCCAGACCCUCAAUUACGAACCUUGACAUAUUCCGAAUUAUAUGUCGCGGUUCAUAAAGUCGUAAAUUGGUUCUUGUUUAUAGGAAUUCAGCCUGGGGACCGUGUUGCCUCCUACUCGUCCAACUCUAUUGAAACCGUGGUUGCUUGUUUGGCUGCAACAGCUCUUGGAGCAAUAUGGGUUUCAGCAGCAGCAGAUUUUGCUCCUCAAGGGGUUCUGGAGAGGUUUGAGCAGGUCAAACCUAAAGUCCUCUUCGGCAUCGACUCAGUCGUUUACAACGCCAAAUCUCAUGAGCAAAUACCUAAACUUAGCAGUGUACUAGAUGGACUUCGAGCGUUAUCGCUUACGCCCCAAAAGGUCGUGGUCGUUCCACACGAGCCAAAUUCCUCACGCGCAGGUUGGGAGUCUAACUGGCUUUCGUGGACUGACAUCCUCAGUUCCACUCUGUCGGAUGAGGACGUAAGGAAGGGCAUUCCGUUCUGGAGAGGUCCAUUCGAUCACCCGCUGUGGGUUUUGUUUAGUUCGGGCACAACGGGAAAACCGAAGCCUAUCGUACAUCGUGCGGGUGGCAUGCUGCUUCAGUCCGCUAAGGAGCUUAUCAUCUGCGGUGAUUUUGUACCAGAGGACGUAUAUUUUUACUAUACGACCACAGGAUGGAUGAUGUGGAAUUUCCUCGUCGGUGGUCUAUCGAUCGGGUUGACCUUGGUGCUGUACGAUGGAAGCCCUCUUAGAGAUCCCUCAUUCUUGUGGCAGCUCACAGACAAGAUCGGCAUCACCGUCUUCGGGACGAGCGCAAAGUAUCUUGAGCAACUUGAGAAACAAUACAAACCGAAAGAUCAUCACUCCCUGAAAUCCCUACGACUGGUGCUGUCGACUGGGUCCCCUCUGGCCCCAUCCCAGUUUGACUAUGUAUACAACCACAUUUCUAGAUCCGUAUGCCUUGGUUCGAUCACAGGGGGAACAGACAUCUGCUCCCUUUUCUGCGGCAUGAAUACUUCGCUACCAGUGUACCGAGGGGAGAUCCAAUGUCGUAUGCUCGGUAUGUCUAUUCGUACCUGUAACGACGAAGGGGUGCCCCUGCCAGCUGGAACACCUGGUGACUUGAUAUGCGAUAAACACUUCCCAUGUCAGCCCCUGGGCUUCUGGCCGCUUCCUGGAUACGGUGCCGAUGCCGACACCAAGAAAGCGCAGGAUAGAUAUAUGGAAGCUUACUAUGAGAAAUUCAAGGGGGUUUGGCACCACGGAGAUCACAUUCUGAUCACCAAAUCUCGUGAUGGGAAUGGCGGUGGCGUCCUGAUGUUGGGUAGAAGCGAUGGUGUGCUCAACCCGGGAGGUAUUCGCUUCGGUUCUGCCGAGAUAUAUCAGGUGCUCGAGUCCUGUUUCAGUCCUUUAACCGCGAAAUCCCCCGACGAGAUUAUUCUCGAUUCACUUGUCGUAGCACAGCCAGUGCGAGGAGGCGCAGACGAACGUGUCAUUCUGUUUUUGCAACUUGCUGAAGGACAGAAUUUGUCUGAAAACCUACUCAAUCGUGUCAAGACCGAGAUACGGAUUAGAAGAAGUCCUCGACAUGUGCCUGCUAGAAUUCUUCAGGUGCACGAUAUUCCCCAUACACUGAAUGGAAAGAAAGUAGAGGUGCCUGUUAAAAAGCUCAUUCGUGGCGCUCCCAUAACGUCGCUGAAUCUGAACACGCUUCGCAACCCUGAGUCGCUGGAAGAGUAUGUGAAGUUGGGUGACCAAUUGAGGAAAGAAGUGGAUGCAAUAUCUCCUCUAGGUCAUCUCUAAGCCCCGUCAAAUAGCGCCUAACAUGUACCGGAAUUCCUGUGUAUCUGCGCUUAAAUGUGAGAUUUCAUCAAUUCUUACUGUAACAAAC